AUGAUGGAGUGGGACCGGAAGAGGACGAAGAAGAUGCUCGAAAUUGAGAGCGAGAAGAUCGAGUUGGAGAAGCAACAAGCGGAGAUCAAAUGUUUGUAUCGUAUGAUCGAUGUGCAUGGAUUGUAUGAAUUUAAGGGUCAGAAUUUGCGGUGGAAGAUGGAGACAGGCGGCAAAGAUGGCAACCCUUUGAAGAAUUACCGUAUUGGGAAGACCCUGGGGAUUGGUUCGUUCGGGAAGGUCAAGAUUGCCGAGCAUAUAAAAACUGGUCACAAGGUGGCCGUCAAGAUCCUUAACCGCCGGAAAAUCAAAAACAUGGAGAUGGAAGAGAAAGUGAAAAGAGAGAUCAAGAUAUUAAGAUUAUUCAUGCACCCACAUAUCAUCCGCCUUUAUGAAGUGAUAGAGGCACCAGCUGAUAUUUAUGUGGUUAUGGAGUAUGUUAAGUCUGGUGAAUUGUUUGAUUACAUUGUUGAGAAAGGUAGGCUACAGGAGGAAGAGGCCCGCCGUUUCUUUCAACAGAUCAUAUCUGGUGUUCAAUAUUGCCACAGGAACAUGGUGGUGCACCGCGAUCUAAAGCCGGAGAACCUUCUUUUGGACAAUAAUUGUGAUGUUAAGAUUGCGGAUUUUGGCUUAAGUAAUGUUAUGCGUGACGGCCACUUUCUUAAGACAAGUUGUGGUAGCCCAAAUUAUGCAGCUCCGGAGGUUAUAUCUGGAAAACUGUACGCUGGGCCUGAAGUUGAUGUAUGGAGCUGCGGUGUUAUUCUUUAUGCUCUUCUAUGUGGUACUCUUCCAUUUGAUGAUGAGAACAUACCCAACCUUUUUAAGAAAAUAAAGGGUGGAAUAUAUACCCUUCCAAGCCAUUUAUCAGGCCCAGCAAGGGAUUUGAUUCCAAGGAUGCUAGUUGUUGAUCCUAUGAAGAGGAUAACCAUUCGUGAAAUACGCGAGCAUCCAUGGUUUGAAGCUCAACUCCCACGAUAUUUAGCCGUGCCUCCACCAGAUACUGCACAACAAGUUAAAAAGAUUGAUGAAGAAUCUCUUGUUAAAGUUAUCAGUCUGGGAUUUGACAAAAACCUGCUGGUUGAAUCAAUUCAUAAUAGAUUGCAAAAUGAGGCAACAGUUGCAUAUUAUUUAUUUUUGGAUAAUAAGAGUCGCACAACAACUGGCUAUCUUGGAGCUGGGUAUCAAGAAGCUAUGGAAUCGUCUUUCUCACCCAUUACUCCAAGUGAAACACAAAGUCCAGCUCAUGGAAAUCGGCAACAACCAUAUAUGGAAUCUCCAGUUGGCUUGAGACCACAUUUUCCAGCUGAUAGGAAAUGGGCUCUUGGGCUUCAGUCUCGAGCACAUCCAAGAGAAGUUAUGACUGAAGUGCUGAAGGCUCUGCAAGAACUGAAUGUAUACUGGAAAAAAAUUGGACACUAUAACAUGAAAUGUAGAUGGAGUCCUCCUGGCUUUCCCGGUCAGGAGAAUAUGAAUCAUACCAAUUAUAACUUCAGUGCAGAGCCUAUUGAAACCGACGACCUGGGUGACAAGUUAAAUUUAAUUAAGUUCGAACUUCAGCUUUACAAAACAAGAGAUGAGAAAUACCUUCUGGAUUUGCAAAGGGCGAGCGGGCCGCAUCUCCUCUUUCUUGAUCUAUGUGCCGCCUUUCUAGCUCAGCUGAGAGUCCUUUGA